CUGAGAGUGGACGUCCCGCCACGGACCUGCGUGUCCCGAUGAAACUCAUCCCAGAACCCUAAACGACACCAGAAACGGCCACAUUUAACAGCAGCAACUGCAGCGCUGGCAUCUCUGCGUCUCCACAGUCUCCCCCUGCCCCCGUCCCCCAUCCUGCCUUUGGACUGAGGUUCAUAUCUCUGGCCUGUGGCCUCACCAUAGACUCACGUCAAGUGCAUCAUGGUGGAUGUAACCAAAUGGCCUGUUUUCAGCCUGAUGGGCCCCCAGGAGCUCUCCACCAUACGGAGAGCGUGUGUGUUUGGAACUUCUGCUAAUGAGGCCAUCUACGUCACCAAAGAUGAUGAGGUGUAUGUGUUUGGGUUGAACUGCAGUAACUGCCUCGGAACAGGGGACAGCCAGAGCACCAUCGCCCCCAAGAAGCUGGACUUCCUGAGCGGGAGGAAGGUUGUCAGCCUGAGCUACGGCAGCGGACCCCACAUCCUGCUGGCCACAGAGGAUGGAGAGCUAUUCGCCUGGGGACAUAACGGCUACAGCCAACUGGGAAACGGGACAACCAACCAAGGAGUAGCUCCAGUGCUCGUGUCUGCCAACCUGCUCAAUAAGAAGGUCACAGAGGUGGCCUGUGGCUCUCACCACUCAAUGGCUCUGACUGACUCAGGAGAAGUGUAUGCAUGGGGCUACAACAACUGUGGUCAGGUGGGUUCAGGCUCCACAGCGAACCAGCCCACACCCCGCAGAGUGUCGAGCUGCCUGCAGAACAAAGUGGCUGUCAGUAUCGUCUGUGGACAGACCUCGUCCCUGGCUGUAGUGGACAAUGGCGAGGUGUACGGUUGGGGCUACAAUGGGAACGGACAGCUUGGACUUGGAAAUAAUGGGAACCAGCUGACUCCCUGUCGUCUUGUAGCUCUGCAGGGUUUGUGUGUGCAGCAGAUUGUCUCAGGCUACGCCCACUCUCUGGCACUAACAGACGAGGGGUUGCUUUACGCUUGGGGUGCCAACACAUAUGGACAACUUGGAACCGGCAACAAGAGCAACCAGCUGAGCCCGGUUCAGAUCAUGACUGAGAAAGAUCGGAUUGUGGAGAUUGCUGCCUGUCACUCCACCCACACGUCAGCUGCUAAGACUCAGAGUGGUCAGGUGUACAUGUGGGGCCAGUGCAGGGGCCAGUCUAUAGUGCUGCCUUACCUCACGCACUUCACCUGCACAGAUGAUGUGUUUGCAUGCUUCGCCACACCUUCCGUUAUGUGGAGGCUUCUUUCCAUGGAGCAUGAUGACUUCUUGACCGUGGCUCAGUCUCUGAAGAAAGAGUUUGACAACCCGGAGACAGCCGACCUCAAGUUCUGCGUUGACGGCAAAUAUAUCUAUGUCCACAAAGCAGUUCUCAAAAUCAGGUGUGAACACUUCAGAUCCAUGUUCCAGGCUCACUGGAACGAAGACAUGAAGGAGGUGAUUGAGAUCGAUCAGUUCUCGUACCCGGUGUACCGCUCUUUCCUCGAGUUCCUCUACACAGACAAUGUUGAGCUGCCUCCUGAGGAUGCUAUUGGGCUGCUGGACCUGGCCACGUCGUACUGUGAGAACCGCCUCAAGCGUCUGUGUCAGCAUAUCAUAAAGAGAGGAAUCACUGUGGAAAACGCCUUCUCCCUGCUGUCUGCUGCUGUGCGCUACGAUGCAGAGGACCUGGAAGAGUUCUGCUUUAAGUUCUGUGUGAAUCACCUGACUGAAGUGACCCAGACCUCCGCUUUCUGGCAGAUUGACGGCAACAUGCUCAAAGAUUUCAUAUGUCGAGCCAGCCGCUGCGGAGCCUUUAAAAACUGACCUCAGCCGGAGAUCUCAAUGAACGUAGAUGCAGAGGACGCUGUGUGGCGACUCCUCAAAAGGACUUUGGCACUCCCAGCCGGCUCCACGAGCCCUCAGCGACAGCUGGAUACACCGACUUUAUAUCUUUAGAUUAUCACCAUCGCAGUCUAAACUCUCAUUCAUCUCAUUCCAGACGAGUGUCGUUAGUUGAGCUGUACAUACUAAAACUACAAGGCUUGUUUGCCACAGUGCCUCACUGCCUAUUCAUCUACACAUAUUGUGUAAAACAGGACUUGAAAUGCAUUGAGAGGCAUUCUGUCGCUGUUAACUUGAAGUAUUCUUGCCAGUUGCCUGAUAUCACUUUACUUUUUCUAUUAUUGACCAACUUAAUUCUUUAGCGUUUGCACUUGUUUGAAAUAUUUUUUUCCCCCUUUUACUCGAACACUGCAUCAUAGUUUUCAUGGUUUUCAGGUUGAGUUAUGAGGCGGUUUGCACUUUUAGGUGUCAGGAAAGUAUCUUUGAAAUUGCAGUUUCAAGCCUUUAUUACAUAGCAUCCAGAGAUUCAGUCUUAAACUGUUACAGAUAGGAAAAUACAGUUACAUGUAUGGGUUCCGUAGGUUGGAAAGUGUUAUUUUCUGUAGCUACAACUCCAUAAUAUUAAAAAAAUCUUCUUUGUUUUUUUAUUGCACAACAGUUCAGUCGGAGUCAGCUGGCUGUGGAACUCACCUGGUUGCCAGCUGAAACAAAAUGUAUGUAGCCAUUAAAAGUCAGUUUACAGUGAGGCGUGUGGCCUUGCAGAAGCUUAAGUCUUUUGGGAUUACAUUUUUCUUAUGAUACUUUUUCAUCCACAACAUUUUCUGUAUGUUAAAAACAAUAUUUUAAAGUGUUAACAUUUAUAGUUGAGUUGUUACAUCUGCACUACUGCUGUGAGUAUUUUGAAGAACAUGUCUGCUCAUUUCUAUGCAGGACAUUUCUACUUCAAGAUCAAUGAUUAUUUGAUUGAUUGAUUAUAUUGAUUAAGAAUUGCCGGUUUAAUUUUGUGACAUUUGCAAGCAAAUAAAUAAAAUACUUUUAUGUAAA